AUGGUCAGCACCAACAGUGAAAUAGGCGAUGCCAAAAUGGACGAACCAAAGGUGAAUGAAGAGCGAGAAGUGGACAACAAUAGCAAUAACAAUGCUAGUGACAGUGAUAUUCCGGAGAAAUCUAUUAGUAGAUGA